UCUGACGUUUAGUUCGCAAUUCAAAUGAAGUUUAAAUUGAUGUUAUUAAUAAUUCACAAUUUUGGGCGGUACAAAAUAUAAUGCACAAAGUGAAGCUUUUUGUAUUUUCAUUGGUUUUCUAUAAGCUAGUCAGGGAAUUGUUUUGGAAAAUAUGACCCAAGUAUAAUAUUAAAAUGCAAAUUUUUGGUCAGCUCCGUGUGGCGUAGCAACAGUUAAAAGCAGAUGUUGGGGUAUUGCUACAAAACUUGGCAGUAAUUACAGUGUAGAAGAAAGUAUUUCAUCCUCUUAUUUCCUAACUAAUCACAAACUAUGGGAAAGAAACAUAGCACCUUAUCAGAUGAACAUCUUGAAAGACUCCGAUCAAAGACACAGUUUUCCGAUGAGGAAAUUCAGAAAUGGCAUGAUAUAUUUAAGAAGGAUUGUCCAAGCGGUAAAAUGUCGCGUAGCAAAUUUGAGGAGUUGUAUUGCAGUUAUUUUCCUGAAGGGGACGCCAAGAAAUUUGCCAGACAUUGUUUUCGAACAUUCGAUAAAAACAACGACGGAACUAUAGAUUUUCGCGAGUUUUUGUGCAGUUUGUCAAUUAUAUCUCGUGGUUCCCAGGAAGAGAAGUUAAAAUGGGCAUUCUCUAUGUAUGACAUAGACAGCAGUGGGACAAUAAACAGAGAAGAAAUGUUGGAAAUUGUGCGUGCUGUCUUUAAAGUCGCUGGAAGAACGAAAGUAAAGUUAGCAAGAGAUGAAAGUACUCCUGAACGAAUGGCACAUAAAAUAUUCUCUUUACUUGACGCCAACAAGGACGGAAAUAUAAACGAAGCUGAAUUUAUCGCUGGUGCUAAACAAUAUCCAACGUUUAUGAAACUGCUUGAAAAUCCAAGCUGUAUGUGAUUUAAAGUCUUGUUGUAAUAACCCAAUUAAAAGAGGGAUUGCAUAUUUAGCAAGUAGUAUACACUCUCCUACAGUUCUAUUUAAAGCACGAAGUAUAUAUACACAAAUAUGUAUGCUUGCAUGCAUGUCUACAAGCAUGGCGCGAAUAAAGAACUUUAAAUACUUGGCUUUAUAUAGUAUGAUACAUCUGUCCAUGUAAAACGACAUAAUGGCUUAAAUAAUCUAUUAUUUAUUCUCAACAGAUAAACUAUUAUCAGUUGUAGUUUUAGGUAGCUCAUUUUGAUAGAAGCAAUAAUUAAAAGCUAGAUCAUGAUGGGUGACAUCUUGGGCACUUAUCUCAGUCUCGUGCAUAUGUUGUCGGAAUAUAUAGUUUAAUUAUCCGAUCGCGAACAUAGAUCCAUGUACACAGCACGUUUUUACACGCAUUUUAGUUUAUUGCAUGUACAAUAUGCCAUUUAAUGAUAUUUAGUUUACGCACAGUCACAGAAUUCACUGCUAAAAUAUUACUGUGCUUAAAAUAAUCUCACGGAAUAUUGUCAGUAAUGACUUUGCUCGUAUGUGAACACGAUAGGCUUAGAUACAACAAGUGUAGUUAGCUUGGUUAACUUGUCACUUUAUAUUUUCUCAUUGUUCUAGCUACUAAAGAAAACCACAUUAUAAAAUUCAACCUUUUUACAGAACUGCGAAUUCGAUUACAACACGUCAUGAUCUUUACAAUGCAAGUGACCAACAAUUAGUUUUGAGUUCGCGUUUACUUUUAGUUUGGUUUGACAGCAAAAUCAAAUAUUGUAAAUGAUUUAGCAAACACCAGGCUUUUGAACACGGCGUUAAACAGAACGCCAUCGACAUCGGAAAAG